AUGCGAGAAGAUGGCGGUUUCCGGUUCGUCACGGUAGCCGAGGAGGUUGGGCAGCGUAGGCGUUCGCAUGAUGAGCCAGCUCUCCCGGAGACUAAACCCUUUGGACUCUCGCUUCGCCUUGACGACCUUGGGCCCGUGGAUGGCAUCCUCGUCGAUCCAAGAGUUGCACGAGUUCUUCCUCUUACGGCCCGCCGGCGACCCGAAGAUGUUGAGGCUGCCGCUGUGUUUGAUGGCAGGGAGGAUGUGUGGCAGAGAUCGCCUCACCUUCUUGCGCGGCGAGACCUGUGGCGAUUUCGUCAGGCGGCGGCGCUGUCGGGGCGGGCGUAUAGAGCCGUCCUUGGUAUGCGUUUCCGUCUCGGUGGAGACGUCAUCAUCCUGCUGCAGGCGGGCUUGGGACUCGGUCGCCAGGCGGGCGCGUUGGUUGCGUCGAUCCGUGAGCGUGACGAGGAUGAAGGCGAGAGAUACGAACAGGAGGGCUCCGCCUGCAAUGGCGAUGGCGAGGACCCAGCCUACCGUCAGGCCGCCGCCGCCGCCGCCCUCUUCUCGGGCUGCCACUCGAGGGGGCAUCGUGACUGCUCUUUUGUCCCUUCUUCGAAGCGGAUUCUGGUGGUUCCUGUGACAAGACGGACGGUGAAGCGAGCGGAGAACGAUUGUGAUGCGAGUAUCGAGGACUCGACAGUAACAAAAAAACAAAGAACGAAUGAUGUCAGAAACAAAACGAAUGGACGACGCCGCGCUGGCGGGAAUCAAGCUGUGAGCGAGCACAAGCACAACAAAUCUGGCAGAGGUAUGGGGAGGGCCCUCCUCUGUCGAGGCGCUGGCCCCAGCUACGCAAAGAACGGGUGUGAGCCGGGCGUGGCAGUGACAGGCGGUCUUGGGUCAAUGUCCGACUGGAAUGUGUUACUACAGGCAGCGCGGGGGCACAUUCCUGAGGGGCGCGAUGAGGAUAUGAGGUGA